UUGUGACACAGCUGUGCCACCCAGGGGUGAACUGGGACACGGGACAAGGAUUGUACGGCUGGAGAGCAGCACCAAGGCCAUGGCUGGGGCUGUGGUGGCUGCGCUGGGGUGCACCCAGCUCCUUCACCUCCAGCUUCUGCAUCUCCAGAGCGGCUUCGGCACACGCUGCCCUAGAUUUCACUGCAGCCGGGCUCUUGCCCAAGCCCUUUGCAGAGUGCUGAGGGGAAGAAAGGCUGCUGUCGGGAAGGCUGCGGCAGCCCAGAGGAUUGGGAUGAUCUGCAAGCCAGGCAAAAAGACCUGGAUCAGUGGAGAGCAAAAACGAAGCAGCCAUGUCUGAGCUGGUCCCAGAGCCACGACAAAAGCCAGUCGUACCAAUGAAGCCCAUGGGCAUCAACACCAGCUUGCUGGGCUACAUCGGUAUUGACACCAUAAUUGAGCAGAUGCGCAAGAAAACCAUGAAGACAGGUUUCGACUUCAACAUCAUGGUCGUAGGUCAGAGCGGACUGGGAAAGUCAACGCUGGUAAACACCCUCUUCAAAUCCCAGGUGAGCCGCAAAUCUUCAGGCUGGAACCGGGAGGAGAAGAUCCCCAAGACAGUGGAGAUCAAAGCCAUUGGGCAUGUCAUUGAAGAAGGUGGUGUCAAAAUGAAGCUGACAGUGAUUGACACACCAGGAUUUGGGGACCAGAUCAACAAUGAGAACUGCUGGGAGCCUAUUGAGAAAUACAUCAACGAGCAAUAUGAAAAGUUUUUGAAAGAGGAGGUGAAUAUUGCAAGGAAGAAACGAAUUCCAGACACGCGUGUGCACUGCUGCCUCUACUUCAUCUCCCCUACGGGGCACUCCUUGCGGCCUUUGGACCUGGAGUUCAUGAAACAUCUCAGCAAGGUAGUGAACAUCAUCCCAGUUAUUGCUAAGGCUGACACCAUGACCUUGGAGGAGAAGACCGAAUUCAAACAAAGAGUGCGCAAGGAACUAGAAGUAAAUGGGAUCGAAUUUUAUCCCCAGAAAGAAUUUGAUGAGGACUUGGAGGAUAAAACAGAGAACGACAAAAUCAGGCAGGAAAGCAUGCCCUUUGCAGUAGUGGGCAGUGACAAGGAGUACCAAGUGAAUGGCAAGAGAGUCCUGGGCAGGAAAACACCUUGGGGAAUCAUUGAAGUGGAAAACCUCAAUCACUGUGAAUUUGCCCUACUUCGAGAUUUUGUCAUCAGGACCCACCUUCAGGACCUAAAAGAAGUGACCCACAACAUCCACUAUGAGACCUACAGGGCCAAACGGCUGAAUGACAACGGGGGGCUGCCCCCCAUGACUGUGGAGACAGAGGAAAACCACGAGAGUAACCUGUGAAAGAAAGAAAGAAAGAAAGAAAGAGUAACCCCUCCACAGUCACCUGGUGACUCUGGCUAGACACCCCCCCCUGCUCCCCUUGACUGAGCCGUGGGCCUGUCCCUGCAGCACGUGGCACGUGCUCCGUGGAGGGACAGGAUGCAAGUGUGAGUGCGUGGGCGUGCGUGUGCCUCCCUGUGUGCCGGGAGGGACAGGGGCAUGGCCCCCAUCCUUCCCACAGUGUCCCCAUGCUCGGUUUGUUCCUGCACAGUGGACUGUCCGUCAGCUUCCUUUCCCUCGUUUCUGUGUCUCAGCUGUGUAUCUUGCCUGGGGGAAGUAGUGUUGGGGGGGAAGGAUUUCUAGGGGCAUGGAUUUUGGAGGGGGGAGGUGUGGGGCAUGCUGUAGUCCUGUUUUUAUCACUUGGACACAUGGCAAGGAGAGACUCUGGGA